AGGUGGAGUAAUUGUCGAUUUGCUUAAACCAUUGCUUAUUAUAUGACAAAUAAAAGGCAAAGGAGUUAAUGCAGAAUGCGAGUACUAUUAUUCUUGUACCUUCUCCCAUAUUGCUACGUUGCGCCUAAAAGAAUCAAAUCGAUGACAAUUCGAGUAGAGGGGGAUAUUUUUUGUCAAUUUUUACCAGCCAAUGAUGCGCAAAUCACUUUUUUCGAUACGGCACCUGUUGGUCGUCGACGUCGACGACUUUCUAAAACCAUCCACCCGAAGGACAGAGGAAUGUUUGUAAUUGAAGGCAAGGCUAAAAAGUUAUUCAAACCUUUUCUCAUGGUCAAACAUUGGUGCAAUCAAAAAGGUUCUCCCAUUACAUUCUGCAUAGACAUCCCAUCAAGACAUAGAACACUUGCCGAUCCCACGUGCAUAUCUCGGCUUUCCUUCGCGUAUCACUUAUGCCGUUGCGCCAGUCAGUUUCGCGCAGGAAUAACCGCUGAUCUACUGACGAUCCAAGAAGGCCACAUUCCAAACAAACAAAUAGAAAAACAAGUGCUGCAACGAUAG